AUGAAGGGUAAAUAUCCACUGAACAAAGGUGUUGAACAGGACAAUGAUCUAACACAUAGCAAUGGGCAGCAAGAAGGGGGUAAAAUCAAUGACGAUUUACGCUAUUUGAUUAUUGAACAGGUUGCUGAAAGACCAGCAAUAUGGGAUCAUGGACGAGAACCAAAAUGCCUUGGCCAACGAAAAGAUCACUUUAUUGAAAUAGCCGCUUUAUUAAGCACAGAAAACAAUGUUCUGACAUGUUACGAUAUUGAAAAACAGUGGAAGAAUUUGAAAGAUACGUAUAUUAAAACAAGGAAAAAGUUAGUAACCGAUGAGUCCGGAUGUGUUGUACCUCCAAGGUGGAAGUUUUACUCUGCCAUGAUGUUUCUUGACCAAAUUGGCACGGAGCCGAAUACGCCUACCAGUUCAAAUUCACUGACUAUACUUGGUAAAAGGAACUCGAGGUCAAGCCGUUUAUCUGUGCGUAAACAUUCAGUACCUGAUAUACCUUCAGAGGCGAGAAAUAAAACUUCUAAAAGUUGCCCUCUUACAAAACCAUUAACAGAAUUCCGGACGUAUCCCGAAGACGAAUGUACUGCAUUUUGUAACUCUUUAAUUUAUCCAUUGCGGGAGAUAGGAAGCAUCAAUCGACUAGAACUUUUAAAGCUUCAAAAGGAAAUACAGGACACAAUACAUGCGAAAAGGAUGGCUUUACUGCAAGCUAACAGCCAUUAA